AUGUCUGAUAAACCAACAACAUUCGAAGGAACACGGAAUUUCCGUCUCCGGCUAGUGCUUGCCACAUUGGCCGGUACACCAAUUCGUAUCACCAAGAUUCGUUCUGCAGAUCUCAAUCCAGGUCUUCGAGACCAUGAAGUCUCCUUUCUCAGACUUCUAGAAGCUGUCACCAAUGGCUCGCAUAUUGAGAUUUCCUACACUGGUACGACUGUGAUUUAUCGCCCAGGUCUUAUUAUUGGUGGCCAGCUCACUCACACGUGUCUGGGCCUGAAGCCAAUCGGGUACUUUCUCGAACCAAUGCUCUACCUCGCUCCAUUUUCCAAGCAGAAAUUUUCCAUCGUGUUCACAGGACUCACUUCGACUGAUGUUGGAGGCGCUGCAGGUGUUGAAGCCAUCAAAUGGGGUCUUUUGCCUGUGAUGGAGAAGUUCGGUGUCAGAGAAGCCGAGAUUCAUAUUUUGAAGCGUGGCUCUGCACCUUUGGGUGGCGGAGAGGUCCACUUCAUUUGCAACUCUCUUAUAGCACAGCCGCUCACGCUUCAUGCGCUCGAGGCCCCUAAGUUCCUGGCGAUCCGUGGUGUGGCCUUUUGCGCUAGAGUUUCUCCAUCUGUCGUGAACAGAAUCAUCGACAGCGCACGUCUUGCUCUCAAACCAACAGGAAUUGAUGUGAAUAUUACCGCAGACGUGUGGAGAGGUGAGAACUCCGGUAAAUCGCCUGGAUUUGGUGUCACUUUGGUAGCAGAGCUGAAAAAGGGAUGGAGAAUCUUCGCCGAGGGAACUGGCCUGGCGGGUCUGCUUCCAGAGGACUUGGGUGAGCUUGUAGCCUAUCAACUUCUCGACGAGCUCACCAAAUCGGCCUGUUUCGGCCGCAACCAGCUCAAAUUGGUGUUGGCAUACAUGGCGAUCGGAAAAGAAGAUGUUGGUCGUCUUGUUCUCCAUCGUGACCAGGUGGAUGACGAGCUUGUGUGGUACUUGAGAGAUUUGAAGGCUUUGUUCGGUAGCGAGGCCUUCUUCCAGGAUGGCGCCGAGGGAGUAGAAGAUGUGGAUGCCGAAGACAAGUACGUCACUCUUGCAUUGAAGGGAAUGGGAUUCACAAGUGCUUCUAAGAAAAUAGCAUAG